GCGUCUCCGGAGGAAAAUGAGUAAAAAAUAUUAAAACGCGGCCUGCUUUUCUUUACACUUCCUUGUUCGGUUUUUUUUCUUCUCGUACUCUUGCCUGAAUUUUCUCCAGCGUUAGCUACCCUGCUUUUUUUGUUGUUUUUUUUGUUUUUCCAAGCCGUGAAAAAGGAACAAGGGGAGCGAGCAUUUAGGGGGGAAAUAAAAGCAGCCCUGUUUUAUUUUGAUGCGUCGUUACUGACAGCUAGCAUCUGCUGCUAGCACACAAGCUCCGCUCCGGAGGGGGGUGGGAACCAUUUGCAUGCAAAGGAGGAGAAGAAGAAGAAGAAGAAAAAAAAGAUUUAGAAAUUGGGGAUUUCUUUGCUUCGUCCGUCGGAGGGGGGAAUGAUUGCUACCAACGUGGCCCUGUCAAUCGCAGUCUUUUCUAGUUGCUAGCAGCGUAGCCGAAACUAGCCUAAAGAAAGGGGAGGAGAGACGGCGAGAAAAGGGACGCAUUCAAGUCAAAUGUUUAUCAGCAUUUCGCCCAGCACCGGCCAAAAUCCGCGGCAUCUUCACCAUGACUGCUUUCGGGCUGCAUUCGUGGAAAUGAUAAAAGGCGUAGGAAAAGGAGGAAGAGUGGCUUUUUUUGGAGGUGGUUGGAUUAUAACCCCGUAGACCCCCCUCUUUUUUCAUCCAGCUUUCUCCUCCUCCCCUCCAUUUCUCUUUCAAUAUGCUGUUUUCCACUCCUGAGGACUUGCUUAUGAAACCGGGGAAAAUAGCCUGAAAACGAGCACGGGAAAGGAUUUUUUUUGUGUGUGAUUUUUUUUUUCUCUCUCUCGCUCUCUCUCCCCGAAAUCUGCCCUGCGACGUUUUGCUUUCAUCCUCAUCGCACAGCACUGUACAAGACAUAAAUGGAUAGAAAUUACCCGGGAACAGGGUUUGGUGAUUUGGGCGCAGGAGCAGGAUGGAGUUACGAGAGAUCGGCAAAAGCAAGUCUUGUAUAUGGGAGUUCCAGAUCAUCCCACCCUGAGUCUGAGCUCCUUCACCGACAAGCCUACGCCACCCCACACCCUCUGCAGGGCUAUGCCACCAAUCACCACCCAGGGAGCUCUGGCCAAGGCGGGGCUUGGGGAGCAGCUGGACGGAGUUUGGGUCUGUCCGGGCUUUUUGACACUGGCCUGCACCAUGCCAGCCCCUCUGCCCCCGAUGCCUCCGUCAUGAAUCUGAUCUCAGCCCUGGAGUCCCGGGGUCCCCAGCCUCCGCCCUCUGCCUCCUCCCUUCUCUCCCAGUUCCGCACACCAUCCUGGCAGACAGCGAUGCACACGCCUGCUCCUCCUGAACUCUUCAUCUCUGGAGCCCUUCCUGGCUCUGGCUCCUUCCCCUCCUCCUCAGCUCUAUCAGCCUAUCAACAUCCAGCAUCCUUCUCCAGCCGCUCCUUCCCUGCCGCCUCCCUUUCCCUCCAGGACACACCCACGUUCAGUCCUACAUCCAAUGGCCUGCUCUCCCCACACGACCCCUUAAUACACAUCAAAGCCCCUUCCCAGUCCAGCCUGGGUUUUGAUAGACUCCUGUCCUCACAGGGGGCCGCUGCAGCUGCCUACAGGGGCAGCCAGGAUCCCACGGGUGCCACAUCGGCCCAAGCGUCCUCUGCCAGGCACCUGCAGUCACACCAGUUCAACCUGCUGUCAUCUCAGCUACAAGAUCAAUCCUCUCAGCUGUAUAAUCCAUCAGUGUUUUCCUCAGCCCAGCCCCAGCCUCAGUCCCAGUCGCAGUCCAACUCUGCUCAGGAGAGGGCCGUGCCCAGGCAGGACAGCGUUAUCAAGCACUACCAGCGGCCCACGCCAGCUCAGUCGCAGCUCUCGUCCUCUGCUGCCCACUCUCUUCAGCACUACCUCAGCUGUGGAGGGGCGGGGUACCAGCAAAUUGCCACCCAUCACAGGCAUGCUGGCCUUUCAUGCAGCCCACUGGGUGACCAGAGCCCGUCAUCCGACCACAAGCCCACCUCUCGAACUGAGCAGUAUCGGCCAAUCAUUCAGCCUCCCUAUUCCUCCUCCUCCUCCUCCUCAUCUUCAUCCUCAGCUGGGAAAGGUACUAAAAGCAGCUCCAGCAGUGGAUACUCUUCUGGAAGUUCGGCGUCAUCCUCAAGAACUCCUCACACACCCCCUUCUGCUUCCUCUACCUCCUCUUCCUCCUCCUCUUCUUCUGCCACCUCUGGGGCUCAUCCUUCUAACUCGAUUCCCACCUCCAGCUCCAGUGCAGCCCCUUCCAGGCAACAGCCACCUCCUCAGCCUGCUCCGCCUCCUCCGGCCCCUCAGCAGCAGCCACCUGCCACUUCCACUUCAGCUCCCCAGUCUCUCCCUAAAUCUUGCCUCUCAGGCUACGGUUCUCCUGUACCCCCAGUGAAGACCCCCACCUCUGCUCUUACUGGCCAGACCCCACCCCAACAACAGACGCAGUCAUAUUCCCCGAACCAGCCCCCUACAUCCCACCUGGCUCAGUCCUAUGGAGGUUUCAGUUCACCACAAGCCCAAGACCUGAGCUCAGGCACUGGGGGAAAAGGCUAUGGGAGUUUAGGAGGGCGAAGCCAGUCGUACUCCACUGAUAUAUACGGAGCUGACUCUGCUUAUGGAUCGCUUCCAUCCUCUCUGGGUGGAGCAGGAAGCCCAUCACUCGGCUACGGAGCUCCAGGUCACUCACCUGCCCUUUUAAGAUCAAGUGGCUCAUCAGGUAGUGGAGCAUCUGGGGGAGGAAGCAGCAGCGGCACAGGGAGUGGAAACUCUGGGUCAGGAGGAGGAGCAGGAAAUGGUAUGACCAAUGAGAGAGGUGGAGGAGGUAGUGGCGGAGGGUCGUAUCAUAUUCCAGACUCUAGCCCCUCUCCGUCAGGCAACUCAGGCAUCAUCCGUCCAGGAUUGCACUCCCCAGUGCCCACCUGCCCCACUCAGUCUCCAGGAGGCGCAGGCUCAAAUAAAUACAUUUCUUCAGUUCUCUCCCCCACUUUUCUCGCCUCACCGCAGGGCUUCCCCGACACCAGAGGCCCAAGCUCCCAACCUCAGUCGUAUCAUUCCACCUCAUCCAAAUCAAAGGCAGACACUUCCAUGCUGGGAGUGGGCUCUCAGAGAUCCCAAGAGGAAGUUGACGAUGAUGAUGAAUUCUUGAUCCAGCACCUGCUGCAAGCCCAGGCAAGUCCUGCUCCUCACCAUCCUCAACAGCAGCCCCAACAGACGUCUCAGCAGACACAGCCCCAGCCCCAGUCAGUACCCCCAACCACUGAUUCAGGCAAAGGGAUGAGCUAUGAUAUGGGUAAGACCUCUGAGGAGAGGUACCACCCCCAGAGUGUCAUACGUACCCACAGUGCCACAUCUACUGCUGGAGUUGGAAAUGCAGGUUCUGGAGGAUCCAUCUCAGGGCUGGACAGCCAGCUGGAGAUGUCACUAAAGAAGCAACAGCAGCAACAUCAACAACACCAUCAUCAACAGCAACAGCAGCAGCAGAGGAACGAGAGGUCUGUUGGAAGCAGCCGGAGCAGCGGAGGGAGAAGCAGUGCUGAACAAGUACACUCCCACCUCCAUCACCAUGACAACCUAGGCUCCGUUGUCCAUUACGGCCGAGGUGACCCGUACACCCAGCACUCCCUUGCUCCCCAACACUCCUCACACAGUCAGCAUGUGUCCUCACACUCGCAGAUACCACCGCACACCCAAAUGGAGCUCCAGAAGAAGUCACAGGAGCGUGCAGAAAUCCCUUAUCCUCGGAAAACGCCGGAGGUCCAGCAGCAGCAUUCUCAGUCUCAAGCUGCCGCGUCGCUCAUGGACUCUCCCACUGAUCAGUCCCGUCAGCCGCCACACCUACUGCAGUCAGUGCUGUCCCACACCACCCGCAACAAACUGGAGCCUCAUCAACAGCACCACAAGAUGGACUCCCACCAACAUCAACAGCAGCACCACAAAAUGGACUCUCAUCGGCAGCACCAACAGCACCACAAGAUGGACUCCCACCAACCACAUCAGCAGCACCCAAAAAUGGACUCCCACCCUCAGCAUCAACAGCACCAGAAGAUGGACUCGCAUCAACAUCAGCAGCACCACAAAAUUGAUUCUCAUUCGCAGCAUCAACAGCACCAUAAAAUGGACUCUCUUCCCCAACAGCAACAGCACUCUAUUAGCCAACAGCAAGCUGUAAUGGAGAGCGCUGGUGGGAGACUUGGCUCAAGUAAACAUCAGGCUCAGUCUCAGUCACAAACCACCCAGCUCCAGCUUCAGCUGCAGUCCCAAGCUUUGGAGGUGGCAGCGGCUCACUACAAUCACGGGCCCCCUCCACAUCAACACGAGCAGAGCCAGGUCAAACAAAGCUCAGUGGUCUCCUCCCUGGACAUGCUGGAGCGUUCCCUUUCCCAGACCUCCAGCACAGACGUUGCUGUUGCAGAAGACAGACGCGGUGGACCGGGCAGCGCAGGAAGGAGUGGAGGCAGCAGCGAGCGCCACAGGCAGCAGCAGCAGGAGCAGCAGAGGCAGCACCCACCCCACCAUCAGCCGCAACAAACCCACCACUCACAGCAACACUCGGCAUCAGAGCUCCACUCAUUCCUGACUGAGCCAGAUAUCGGCUUGUCCACGGCGUCUCACAUGCACCAUCUUUCACAGCACCACGCGCAGCAGCAACAGCAGCAGCAGCAUCCAACCUCUCAACACCAACAAACCCACUCUCACCACCCUCACAGCCAACCCCACCCUCAGCAGCAGCCCCCCCACCCUCACCACAUACCCCCACCCUCUGCCUCAGCCCACUCCCAGUCUCAGCCUGACCCUCAGCAGCCGCUCUCAGCCCAGCUCACCCCUCAGCAGAGCCAGCUGGACCAGCAGCGCUCAGAACAGCACCAGUUUGACACAGUCAGCCCGGUGGAGAAAGCAGACCAGAAUCAACAAAGCAACCGCUUUGUACCCCUAACUUCUAUCUGCUUCCCAGACUCCCUCCUUCAGGAUGAGGAUCGCUCCUUUUUUCCAGGAAUGGAGGACAUGUUCUGUGCAGAGGACUACAAGUCGAGCUGCGCUGGUGGUGCAGGACCAGGCCAGGAAGAGAUGAACGAAAGCCACACCGGGCAAGAGGGAAUGGAUUCCAUGAAAGCUGGACAGAGUGCAGGUGGAGCAGGAGGAAGUAGUGGAGCUAGCUAUGAUAUAAUGGGUCACCAUGGUGGAGAUCAGGGUUAUGAACCAUACUGUCAUGGCCUGGAGGAACCCAGCAACAACACCAUGACUCUGGAUCUAGACUCCCUUAAAACGCAUGAGCUUCCCUCCACUGUCAACACGGAGCAGCUUGGAUUGAUACAGUCCCAGGCCCCAGCUAUGGGUAUGGGCUCCAAUACUGCUGGUCCUAACAACUCUGGAGCUAAAAUGUCCUCUGGGCCUGGAGGAACAAGCACAGGAACUGGUUCUGGAGGCCUACAGUCUCCCAUAUUCUGCUCAUCUCGUCCCAAGAAGCUCCUCAAGUCCAGCUCUUUCCACCUGUUAAAGGAGCGCAGGGACCCCAACACACUGCCUAAGAAAAGCUAUGCUCAAGAGUAUGAGUUUGAGGACGACGAGGAUAAAGCUGACCAGCCAGCUGACAUUCGGCUGAACAGCAGGAGGCUCCCAGACCUUUUGCCAGAUCUGGUGUCGAGCUGCAGAAAGGGAGGAGGAGGAAGUGGAUCUCUCAGCCCCUUAAUGGGCGACAUUGAUUUCUACCACUCUUCUGGAUACUCAUCUAUGGGUUCACACUCACUGCUGCCUCCAGAAGGACCCAAGAAGAGAGGCCGAAAGCCCACUAGGCCCAAAAGAGAGGGUCCCCCGAGGCCGAGAGGCAGACCUCGCAUCCGCCCCAUGCCUGAGCCCUACACUCCCCGGGGCAUGAUGGGAGAGAUGGGUGGAACAACAGUAGGUGGUGGAUUCAACGUGGAGGGCCGAGGCAGGGGUAGAGGCCGUGGAAGCAGAGGUAGAGGAGGAAGGAGGGAGGACAUGUACAUAGAAAUGAGCGGGAAGGAGCAGGAUCAGAUGCACCACCAUCACCUCCAUCAGCAGCAGCCACAGCAGCUCCAUCACCAGCCCCAGCAGCAACACGAGCCUAUUCCACCUCUCAAGAUCAAGUUGCCCAUCGGUACCCUGUCCUCCUCUGAUGCUUUGCUGAGGACAGACUCUCUGUCUGGCACGGACCCUGCUUUGUCAGACGGCUCAGUUGGCUCGGCUCCCUCGCUCGGUUUAAGUCCCGGACCUCCCUGCAGCACUGAAAGCACCAGAAGUCAGGACAAGAACAAACAGAAGAGCCAGAUGAUGAGUGAAGGAGUGGAUGACGAGGGGCUGGAGGAAAGGGGGGAUGAGAAGGACUCUGAAUCCAAGGCUGGCUUUGUCGCUUCAUUCUUGGACUUCCUCAAGACGGGGAAGAGACCUCCAGGCUUGGAUAUCUCACCAGGAAUGGAACCCGACAAUGGUGAAACUUCACCCUGUAAAUCAGGGGGCCUGCGCCCUCUGUCUCCUGCACCUCCUCCUCCGCCACCGCCUCCUCCAUUCGGGGAUGGUGAGGGCAAUGGGGGUCUGGCUCUGGGUAACUGCCCCAGCCCCAAGCGCUUAGAGGAUGAGCUAAAGAGAAAUCUGGAGACUUUGCCUUCUUUCUCCUCCGACGAGGAGGACUCAGUCGGGAAGAACCAGGACCUCCAGAAGAGCAUCUCCUCAGCCAUUUCUGCUCUGUACGACACUCCUCAGCUAACCUCUAACAUCCAGCCCCCGCUACCUCCUCCACCUCCCCAGCCUCAGACUCAGCCUACUCAGGCCCCUCUUACCCCUACACUGCAGCCCCCCACGCUGAGCCCACAGCCCACCAUGCACACGCCUCACGCUCAACCCCAGUCCAACGAACCGGACGUCCUUCAGGCAGAAGACGGAGACAUGGAUGAGAACAAGGAGGAGGAGGAGGAGAAUGAGGAGGAAAGAAGCACAGGAGGGGAUGAAGAGAGUGAUAUGACAGAGGAGAGAGAACCACAGCUGGAAACCCUGGGUGCCCCUAAGCUUGAUGCUCCUCUCCCCGAGAUUCCCCCAGAACCCGCCACCCCCGAGCCUCCCUCCAUCCCUCCAUCUCCUGCCUCAUCCUCCUCCCCCUCUCAUUCCCCCCUCCCUCCCCUCUCGCUCCCCUCACCCCUGCCUGCACCGGAAGAACAACGGGAGGACUCCCAGCCUCCGAGCCCCAUCGCUCCCACCUCGCCUUCUCCGCCGCCUCCCCCACCUGCUCCCGUCUCUCAGCCUGCCACUCCUCCUCCUGCUUCAGCCUCCCCUGCUUCUCCUGCUUCUCCACCACCACCACCGCCGCCACCACUACCCCCACCACCACCUGCGACUCAGAAGGAGUCUCCCAUGCCAUCUCCGGAGUCCCCCGCCUCUCCCGAAGAGCCCCCAGCUCCCAAGAUCACCUCGCUGCACCUUGCCCAGAAACAAGAAGAUGCGGCCAUCGUCGGGGAGAGCGAGGAGGAUGAGAGCGAGAGCGGAGGGGAGGGCAUCUUCAGAGAAAGGGACGAGUUUGUGGUGCGCGUGGAAGACAUUCGAACUCUCAAGCUGGCCCUACAGACGGGCCGUGAGCCUCCACCCAUCUGGAGGGUACAGAAAGCCCUGCUGCAGAAGUUCAGCCCAGAGAUCAAAGAUGGGCAGAGACAGUUCUGCGCCACAAGCAAUUAUCUUGGCUACUUCGGAGAUGCGAAGAGGCGGUACCAGCGGAUAUAUGUCAAGUUUCUCGAGAAUGUCAACAAGAAGGACUACGUCAGGGUGUGCUCUCGGAGACCGUGGCGCAGAGCCACGCCUGCUCUCAGACGCCAGUCCCUCCCCAGAAUGGCAUCCCCCCCUGCCACCCAGCCGCCACCGAGAGCCGUGGAGAAGGAGGAGAGAGUGACUCCACCGGUUCAGCGUGAACAGAGGGAGAAAACGAGGACGGCAACCGCUGCAACGACGAAAGAACAACGAGAGAAGAAGGAGGCUCCAGCUGCUGUGGCCAAAGCCAAGGAGAAGGAGAGGGACGCCGAGAAGGAGAGGGAGAAGGAGAAACGAGUCCAGCCUCAGCAGGAGAAGGUGGAGAAACGUGGCGGAGUUGGAGAACGAGGCAGAGCGAAGGAAGACAAGAAAGCGCUGGAGAGGAAGGAGAAGGAAAAGGCUGAGCGACCACCCAAGUCCAAACCAGCCAAAGUGAAGGCGGAGCCACCGCCCAAGAAGAGGAAGAAGUGGCUGAAGGAAGUCCCUUCAUCGUCUGACUCGGACUCAUCGGAUGAGGCAGCCAGUGAAAAUGAGAUGCCAGUGAAAGGCGGAGUGAACAACCGUGCCAUGAGGGAGAUGUUCAGGAGCUACGUGGAGAUGCUGGUGAGCACAGCUCUGGACCCCGACAUGAUCCAAGCCCUGGAGGACACAGACGAUGAGCUCUACCUCCCUCCGAUGAGGAAGAUUGACAGCAUCCUCAGCGAACAGAAGAGGAGGUUGUUGAGGAGAGUCAGCAUGAGCUCUCAGCACCAGGAGGUCCUGCAUGCUUAUCCGCAGAUCAUUGUAGACCCCCUGGACACAGGAGUGGUGAGGGUCCGGCUAAGCGGUGACGCUUACAACCGCAAGACCCUCAACAGAGUCAAAAAGACCCUGCCUAAACCACAGGACCUUAAACUGUCAGCCGACUCAUACCGGAUCUACAGUCUCUACCACUCUCUGCAUCACUAUAAAUACCACACCUUCUUACAGUGCAAGAAAGAGACCAACACCAUUGAGCAGGCAGCUGAGGACCCGGGCCAAGAGGAAGUGGUGCAGCAGUGCAUGGCCAACCAGAGCUGGCUGGACACCCUCUUCAGCUCCUUCAUCGAGCUGCUCACGCUCAGCACCAAAGCCUGAUUCAGUCGCGUUAAGAGACAGACUUAAAAAGAAGUGAGAGGAUUUUAAAAAACAAAAAGAAAAAUGGAAAGAGAUGGAUCCCACUGUACAGCCCCCCCGACCCUCUUCAAAUCUCUAAGGCCCUUGACGAACACAAGAGGGUCUGUUGACGUGACCUCGGACACUGGCCUCUGUUUUUUUGUUUUUUUGUUUUUUCCUUGUUGUUGAUCAGUGACUAAAGAAAUGUCUUACUUUUGCGAGACCCCACCGGAUUAAGGGGGUCCCUGGAGGGUCAAGAGGGAAUUCACCGUCGGUUUUAAGAAUAAAAAAAAAAAAAAAAAAGAAAAAAAAAGGGGGGAGAGACACGAGGUGGACGGACGGGAAGAGGAGGAGCCGCGAUGCCAAGUCAACGGAGGAGCCACUGACAUCUUGUUAACUGUGUGUCAUAAAGACAAUAGUUCAAAGAGAAACUAUUACUGCUUAGUUUUUACAUAAAUUAUUUUUUGAAAAGACUAACAUCAGCUGUUGGCUUUUGAAAAGAGUGGAAGAGGGUGAGAAUGCUUUUUAAACUGCGUGUAGAGUGUGCCGUGAGCAGCGUGACCAUGGACUCGUCCACGGAUAGAAACAUGAAAUGUGUUAAUAAAUGCUCUCUCUCUCUCUCUCUCUCUCUCAUUCUGUGCUACGUGAAGGGCAGCACCAGUCAGCUGUGUGAUAAUAUAUAAACACAUUUUUAUUAUUUAUAUGAGGAGGUUUUUAACUUAAACUCUCACGAGCGCUGGUUUUGCUGCCCUAACAUUUUAAAUACCUUUUUAUUUUCCACAGGUUCAGUAUACAAUCAUAACCCACAUAUCCAAGUCGUCUUCCCUCUAUACAAAAGAACAGACGUUGAGAAAUAUUGUAUCAAAUACAGUGGGUGUAAAAUAACGAGAGAAAAAACAAACAAAAAAAAGGACGAAAAGAGAAAAAAAAAGGAGAAGAGAAUGGCAAAAAUCUAUUUGAAACUUAACAUUGUUGUGCUUCAGUUCAAUCAUCAGUCAUGCAGGUGCAAAGAAAAAGAAGUAAACUAUCCAUUUCCCAUGUGGGAAGAAGGAGUAUAAAUAAGUAAUAUUUAAAGAGGAAAUAGUCAUUUCAUUUUUAUCAUUUUGAUGUUUGUGCAUACUAUGACUUAUUUUGAAAACAAUCUAAUUUUCCAUAAAAAAGGAAAAAAAGAUGUGUAAAUAUUGUACAGUUCUUGAUGAAAUUCUUUGUCCUUCUGUACAUUAACUCUCCUGUAUUUGAGAAACAAAUAAAAUCUGCAAAGAACAAA